AUGGGCCUGUCCGAGAGGCUGCAGAGAUGGAGGUCCGCAGUACUGGCAGCCCGCGUCAGCCGUGAGAGCGUUGAUUUAACAGCAGCCGGCGGGGUGGUACAAGGGUGUUGUCCCCUGCUGCUGACGCCCCUGUUGUCGCUGGUGACUUGUGUCCAGCCUGGGACAGGUCUGGAGAGCAUUAACUACGCCCCCCAGCUCCUCAGCGCCACCCUGGAGGGGAGACUCACACAAUCCACCUUCACGCUGGAGCAACCCCUGGGCCAAUUUGAGAAUGUCAACCUCUCUGACCCAGACCCCAUCUGGCUGGUGGUGGCUCAUAGUAAUGCCGCCCAGAACUUCACCGCCCCACGGAAGGUAGAAGACAAGCACGCCCCUGCCAACUUUGACCGCAAUGGCUACUACCUCACGCUGAGGGCCAGCCGGGUACACUACAAGGACGGCCAGACUGACGGGCAGCUCCGCGUCCUCCGUGUUGGGAAUGACAACAACUGCUCCUUGGAGUCCCAGGGCUGUAACUCUCCAUUGCCAGGGCCAGGCCCCUACAGAGUGAAGUUCCUGGCUAUGAGUGACAAGGGCCCCGUGGCUGAGACGAUGUGGUCCAAGGAGAUUUACCUGCAGCAAGCCCAGACAUUCCAAGAAGCUCCAGGGUCCCAGAGCAAGGGCACUGUGGUCAUCAUUGCCUUCCUAUCAAUCCUACUGGCCAUCCUGCUUGCAGUCUUCCUCGUGCUGGUCCUAUCUGCUUGCUGCUGGAGCUCUUCCGUGUCCAGCCCAGAGGAGCAAGUGCGCAUGCGACGAUAUCACACGCACCACAUGGGCAGCCUCCGAGCCGAGCGGAGCUCCUGA